AUGACGGACCCCAGCAAGCUCUGGAUCGCUCUCCAUGGUUGGGCUGACAACGCAGCAUCGUUCGACCGAAUAGCUCCGAUGCUCUUGUCUGCUGGAGCAUCUUCCAUCGUCUGCCUGGAUUGUGCUGGCCAUGGACUAUCGGACCAUCGCAGCUUCUACCAUGACAUCGACCAUGUAGCGGAUGUCCUGCAAGUGGCUGAGCUCCUCGGAUGGUCGAACUUCUCGCUCAUGGGCCAUUCUCUCGGUGGCUGCGUCGCCCAGGCCAUCGCUGCUGCUGCUCCUGAG